CAAAAAGUUUCACACGUUGCGUUUGUAAAUAUAAUGGAAUUCGGUGUUGUUUGGUGAAGUGUCUUCGUGAAGUUUACGCAUGAGUUUAAUUUAUAUUCAGUUUUACGUGCCUUGAGUGAACAACAAUAAACUUGUAAAGUCUUCGAAUGUUUCAUUGAAUGUUUUCUUUACAUUCAUAACCUUACAUUCGUUCCUCCACAACAAGUUGAUCAUGUCCACAUUACUGUCAGCCGAGCUGGUGGCAACCUGCAACAGUUUGGGUUAUUACAAUGCAGAGUCAGAUAAGUACUUGGCCGAUGACAACACGCAGGAGAGUGUCAAAGAUCUGAUCCGAUACUUGAGGAGAGAUGAUGGAUCUCAUGAUAUCCGCAGGCAGCUGGGGGAGACCAAAGUGGUCCAGACUGAUUUGCUGCCGCUGCUGAAGAAUUAUUGGGAAGAGACUGAACUGUUUGAUACAUUGUUAAGGUUAUUGGUGAAUUUAACAACUCCGGCUCUGAUGUUGUGGGAGGAGGAGAUGCCCAAGGAGUUGGCUCCUCGGAAUCAUUACUUGCAGAUCGAGGAACAUUUGCAAUCAUAUAAAGAGGCUUUUGUCGAUGAAGCUGUUUGGGCUGUGCUUAGCUCAAGGAUCAGCAAAAUCUUGGAAAUGGACGUGGGCGAACGGGGCGACGACAAUGGGAUGAUAAUCGAGCGGAUCCUUAUUCUGAUCAGGAAUAUUUUGUACGUUCCCGCGGACAGCGACGCGGAGAGGAGGCCGGACAACGAUGCGAGCAUCCACGAUCAAGUCCUCUGGGCGCUUCAUCAAUCCGGCAUGCUGGAUAUCAUCCUGUACAUAAGUGGAUCCGUCGCGGAGCGAGUAUACUACAUGCACGUAAUGGAGAUCCUGUCGUUUAUGCUGCGUGAACAGAACGCCACACAUCUGGCGCAGGCAGCCGUUCAGAGGAGUCAUUCAGAGAAGAUGCGAGACGAGGCCGAGCUCUUAGCCAUCCGCCAUCGCGAGAACAAUCAGAAAGCCAACAAAGUUAAAAAGUUUUCUGGCGCUAGGCAUAGUCGUUUCGGUGGUACGUUUGUGGUAAAAACCAUGAAAUCCAUCAGCGAAAACGAGUUGAUCUGUCAUAAACCUCUGGAUAAGAUGGACGCGCUGAAGUUUGAUGUUAACAAGACGAUGUCGAAGAUUCCGAAGAACCGUUUACCUGUACAGGAGCAAAACGCGGAACGUCGAUCGGCUUUCAGCAUCCGUCUCUUCUUGAAAGAAUUUUGCGUGGAGUUCCUGAAAGGCGCCUACAAUACUAUGAUGUACCACGUGAAAGGCCGCCUGGCCCGAGCCAAAUCGCAACACAACGACGAAUCCUAUUACCUCUGGGCGCUGCGUUUCUUCAUGGAGUUCAACAGGAGCUAUAAAUUCGAAGUCAAAUUAGUUAGCGAAACGAUGUCCGUGCAGGCGUUCCACUUCGUGCAGAAGCAGAUGGAGACCUACUACGAUAUGCUCGCGAUGGACAAGAAGAAAAUCCGGCAAUGGUCCAGACGACUGCAUCUCUCGUUGCUCGCGUACAGGGAGCUUCUGAUGACGCUCGCAGCUAUGGACAAGUGUCCAGAUGGUUCGGUGCGCGAUUCCUCUAAGGUGAUCAAGAGCAACGUGUUCUACGUGCCCGAAUACAGGGAGUUUAUCAUCACGCUGCUCGUCAACUACGACGAGGUGAAAAUGUCCAGGCAGUAUCUGUUCGAUCUACUCGAGGCGCAGCACGUCUUCUUCAAGCUGCUCGAGUCCCAUUGCGGCGGAAAAACUGGACGCGUGGUCGUCCAGAACAGACUUAAACCGCAGAGGAAAAAGAAAGCGAAAGAAAGUGUGGAAACGGCGGCGCCUGUGGAAUUGAAUUUGGAGCGAAUGUGGGACGAGGCCUCCGCACAAUUGUCAGUUGUUUUAGAGGGGAAUUUGGAGAUCCCCAAGGACGUGGUGCCUUUCGACGCCGGCUCCGAUGUGCCCAUCGAUGAGCAGAAGUCGGAGGCGAUGAAAAACAUACAACGGAAGCUGCGCAAUCAUGAAUUCGAAAAUGCCAUUGGUCUCCUGAGGGCCUCCAGGGAAGUUUGGCCGGAGGAUGACUGCUUCGGAGCGGCCGACAUCGCCGUGGAGGAGGAGUUCCUGGCGCUCAAGGAGAUCUUCUGCGCUGAUCUAGGCGGUAAGUCUUAA